UAUUUCACUUACCAUAGUAGUUUGAGUUAUUUCCAAAUCUUGCGAGUCCUUCCGAACGAGUCUCCUUUGCUCGGGGCUCGCAACCACCCAAUAAUCGAUUCAGGAGAAAAGAAGCCUGGGCGGAGAGCAGAGGCACAAUUCUGUCUUUGCUCGAACUGCGUAACUGAGGACUCUGCAAAUUCCAUGAAGUAGGCGGAAAAAUGAUCAUAUGCAACGAGGCAGUGACCUUCAAGGACGUGGCUGUGGUGUUCACUGAGGAGGAGCUGGGGCUGCUGGACCCUGCCCAGAGGAAGCUGUACCAAGAUGUGAUGCUGGAGAAUUUCAGGAAUCUGCUCUCAGUGGGGCAUCAACCAUUCCAUGGAGAUACUUUCCACUUCCUAAGGGAAGAAAAGUUUUGGGUGAUGGAAACAACAAGCCAAAGAGAAGGGAAUUCUGGCAAAAGCCAAACUGAAAUGGAGACUGUUCCAGAAGCAGGAACACAUGAAGAAUUUUCCUGCAAGCAAAUUUGGGAACAAAUUGCAAGUGACUUAACCAGGUCUCAAGAUUCCACCAUAAAUAACUCUCAGUUAUUUGAACAAGAUGACGGCUCCUCCCAGAUUGAGGGAAGACUGUCUGGAGUUCACACAAGAGAAAAACCUUCCCAGGGUGGAAAGUGUAAACAGUCCUUCAAUGAUGUUUCCAUCUUUAAUCUUCCUCAGCAGUUAUAUUCAGGAGAGAAGUCUCAUACCUGUGAUGAGUGUGGAAAAAGCUUCUGUUACCUCUCAGCCCUUCAUAUUCAUCAGAGAGUCCACAUGGGAGUGAAAUGCUAUAAGUGUGAUGUGUGUGGUAAGGAAUUUAGUCAGAGCUCACGUCUGCAAACUCAUCAGAGGGUCCACACUGGAGAGAAACCAUUCAAAUGUGAGCAGUGUUGGAAAGGCUUCAGAUGUAGAUCAGCGCUUAAAGUUCAUUGCAAAUUACACACGAAAGAGAAACCUUAUAAUUGUGAGAAAUGUGGGAAGGCCUUCAUGCACAAUUUCCAGCUUCAGAAACAUCAGAGAAUUCAUACUGGGGAGAAGCCAUUCAAAUGUGAAAUAUGUGGUAAGAGCUUCUGUCUUAGGUCAAGUCUUAAUAGGCAUUGCAUGGUUCACACAGCAGAGAAACUGUACAAAUCUGAAAAGUAUGGAAGAGGUUUCAUUGAUAGGCUAGAUUUGCAUAAGCAUCAGAUGAUUCAUAUGGAACAGAAACCAUAUAAUUGUAAAGAAUGUGGGAAGAGCUUCAAAUGGUCCUCAUAUCUUUUGGUCCAUCAGCGAGUCCACACUGGAGAAAAGCCAUACAAAUGUGAGGAGUGUGGGAAGGGCUACAUUAGUAAAUCAGGUCUUGACUUCCACCAUAGAACCCACAUGGGAGAGAGAUCUUACAACUGUGAUAACUGUGGGAAGAGCUUUAGACAUGCUUCUAGUAUUUUGAAUCAUAAGAAACUCCACUGCCGAAGAAAACCAUUGAAAUGUGAAGACUGUGGAAAGAGGCUUGUACACCGGUCAUACCGUAAAGAUCAACAAAGAGACUACAGUGGAGAAAACCCAUCCAAAUGUGAGGACUGUGGGAAGCGCUACAAGAGGCGCUUGAAUUUGGAUAUAAUUUUAUCAUUAUUUUUAAAUGACAUAUAAGUUAUACAUGUUUGUGGAGUGUGAAUUUGAUACAUGUAUAUAAUGUAUGCUGAUUAAAUCAGUUUAAUUUGUGUAUCACCUGAAA